AUGUCAUUUUGGAAUCCUGCUGGCCGUGUGGCGUGUGCCGCAACCGUCUUGUUGCCCACUUCCGUCGUCUUGGGCCUUGCUUAUAACUCGCGCGAUUCCCUUGGAUCCAUGGUUCUCGUCACCCGACCACAACGGAUUGCCUUGAUGAUUCAUGCCCUGUACUUUGUCUACUGCGUCUUUGCUUUUGAAGCCCUCAUUGACAUAGAUCCCAUGUCCACCACGGGAACCGUGCCCGAUCAACCCGACAAUUUAUUCUGGCAAAUGACUUGUUUGUCGGGCGAAGUCUUUUUUGUGGCCGCCACGGCCCUGGCGUUGAUCGCCACCCAGCCAGCAGUGCCCCGAUGGUCGCUGUUGGUGCCCAUUGCGCAGGUAUCCUACAACCUUAAAAACUCCUUGAUUUGGUGUGUGUUGUAUCCCCAGUUUUCUCCCGUCGGACAGCCGAUCGAAUUGAUGAAAACAGAUGCCGUUUGCAUUGCCUUGCUGACCAUCGUGUACCUCCAUCAUUUCUUUACGGCGCCAACAAGUGCAAGUAGUGCAGGAACGACUGGUGUUGGGAAACACGAUAAAUCAAAAUAA